UGCAGGGUCUUUUAGGCUUGUUGCAGCAUGACUCCUGUACACACCCAUCUGUUCCUCCCCCAGCCUCUCUUUCUUCCAGAUUCCACUUAGCAUAUCUGUGGAGAAAGCAAGACUUGCUUUGGGGCAUAUUCAUUUUCCUCUUGCCUCUUUGCUCUUUUUGGAACAUGAAACAUUCUAUAGGCAGAGCUCUAUAAAAACCCAUGUCUCCACUCUCCCUGAUCACUUUGGUUCCAGCAUCCUGCCCAGCAAAGAACCCUUCUGCCAAAAUGAUAGUUGGAGGAUUAAGUGAUGCCAAGCCUGCCACUGCAGAAAUCCAGGAGAUUGCUGAUAAGGUUAAACCACAGCUUGAAGAAAAAACAAAUGAGACUUACGAAGAAUUUGAAGCUAUAGAGUAUAAAAGUCAAGUAGUUGCUGGAACAAAUUUCUACAUUAAGGUACACGUAGGUGGAGAUCAUUAUGUUCACUUGAAAGUAUUCGAAGGUCUUUUUAGAGAAAAUGAGGAUGUCGAACUUUCUGGUUACCAGACCAACAAAUGCAAGGAGGAUGAGCUGACCGGCUUUUAGCAGCAUGUUCCCAAAGUGUUCUGGUUCCUUCCACCAGCUACUGAGAA